CGCUUGACAAGUUGACACAAUAUUGAUUAAUGAUAAUCAUUAAUCACAAGCACCGAGAUAUUCGUGUAUAAUGUUUUUGUUUUAAUUUAUUAUUUAUUUUCACUCAUUCCAUCAAGAUGGAUUUUACUUUGAACGACGAAAUAAAAAAGGACAUAAUAAAUAAUCUGAAUAUUAAAAUAGGUAACGAUAUUAACUUAGAUAAUGUUGCUGAAAUACAAAGUGAUUUAUUGGAUAAAAGAAAACAUCUUGAAAACUGCUUACAUGCUGCGAGCGAUGUGGUCCCAACGAAACUAACUUCUGCUAUCAAAAAGGCUGAACUUAACUCAAAGCAAAUAGAAAAAAUAAGAGAAAAGAUGGCAGUGAUGGUCAAAAAAGUUGAGACUUAUAUGACAAAAACGCAACCUUUAAUGACAGAGCUUGACAAAAGGUUUUCUGCCAUACAUAGACUGGAGGAAGUAUUAGUAUAUUUCCAAUCAUAUGCUAGAGUUGAAGAACUAAGCAACCAAAUGAAAUACUGCAAAGACGAUGAACAGUUGGUAUCACUCUAUGGAGAGGUUAAGAACAUGUGCAAUCGCUACCAAAAUACUCAUUGGAAUACAUAUGUCAAAGAAUACACGCAUUACUGGCAUAAUGUCUUGAAAGAUAACCUUAUAAGACAUUAUGAAGAUAUACUUAAGACACUGAAAUGGCCAUUCACCUCAGCAUCAGAACAUUCCCAGGUCCCAAAAGAAGUUUUGAAUAAAUUUAGUAAUCUUACAAGGUAUCUAUUUCUGAUACGAGAACCAAAGGAUAUGGUUGCUGAAGCUGUUUCUGGGGAUUUCACAAAAGACCAAGACCCCUGUUUGCCUGUGAAGGUUCUGUUAAAACCUUUAAAAAAACGAUUUACAUUCCAUUUCACUGGAUCACGACAGACAGCCAGAAUUGAUAGGCCUGAAUGGUUCCUCACUCAGACUCUGACAUGGAUAAAAGAUCAUCAGAAUUUUGUAAUGAAUAAUGUGCAACCCAUUGCUGAUAAACUAGAGAUACUGAAUGUUAAUGCUGUGGAAGAAUUUAAUGCAGGGUUGAUAGCUCUGGCAGCUGAAAGACUACACACAGUUUUAGCAAUUUAUCAUACACAAAGCUCUAAAGGAGAGAUAGUUGAUGUGGAUGCAGCAUUUGCGCAUGCUGUGGACGAGACUUUAGGUUUUCACAAAGAAUUGAUGACUAUAACCGACAAUGAGAUUAACAAUGUUUUAUCUGUGUUGACCAAAGCCGAAACUUUUGUAAGAUGGUUAUCUGUUGAAAAGAAAUACGCCCUGGCGAAGAUGGACGAGACGCUCGACAGCGAGCAGUGGAUCGAGCCGGUGGCGGGCGGCGCGGGCGCGGCGGUGGGCGCGCUGCUGUGGGUGCCGCGCGGCGCCGACUGGUUCGUGUCGCUGCUCAAGACCAUCGAGGACCGAUACGCCAUCCUGCCGCAGCCUGGCCACCGAUUGCAAUUCCUAGAGCUCCAAUUGGAAUUGAUUGAAGAAUGGCGUGUACGUCUGACGCAACUGCUAAGUGCAGCUGCCGCCGCGCUGAAGACCGAGUCGUUCCUCGUGACGGGUCUGCAUCCACUGAUAGCUAUCAUCAACACGGCGCACCACACCCGGACUGUGCUCUUACAGUGGGCCCACUGUCUGCAUUAUCUGCAACUGCACUACUACAGACACCAGUUCCAACACUUCACGCAGCAGCAGCACAGGGACGACGAGAGCGAGUCCUCAACUAGUUCAGACGAUGAUGAAGAAGACACUGACGAGGAUAACACAAAACAAGAAGAAGAAGAAGUUGACGAAAAUAUGACUUUGAAUGAUGUAGAGGAACGAGCUAAGAAGUUGGCUCUGAAUGAAGUGAUUAGAAGGAACUCUAUGCUUGAGACGAGUCAGUAUGAUAUUACUUCACCUAUUACUAAUCUAGCCGUAGCAGAACCUCUAGUAGACGAAGACUUGGAAGAAGCCGGAGUGUUCGGAGACGCGCCCGCCCUUCUCGCACACCUCAGGGAUGCGGGUGUCGCCGCACUCGCUGAACACAUCCUGCUCGAGUUCAAGGCCACCAUCCGACAUUACAAGAAGCAAAAAUGGCACGCCAUGCUGACGAUGGAGGAGCGCGCGCUGUCGGUGUCGGGCGCGCUGUGCGGGCCGCUGGCGGCGCUGUGCGCGCGCGUGGCCAGCGCGCAGCUCGUGCUGGCGCCGCCGCUCGCCGCGCACCUGCGCGCGCACCUCGCCGCGCGCGUCGACGACCACGUCUACGAGGAGGUGGUCCUGGAGAGUUGGUUUAACACAGGCGGAAGUCUACAGUUCACUCACGACGUACAGAGAAACCUCGUGCCUGCUUUCGCGCCACCAAAUAAAAAUGCAUCACAACUGAAUCUACUCCCGAAGCUCAACGAUGCAUGCAAACUCCUCAACAUGGAUUACGGUGACGCACGUCGUAUUCGCACUGAAAUAGUUAAGCAGCCAGACGAAGCAGUGAUAUCACUCAACGACCAAGGCAUCAUGCACAUACCACCUAACGAAGCUCUACGUAUCCUCAACCAGAGGACGGAUCUCUGCAAUACCAGCUCACCGUCAUCCGUCAUGGAUCUGUUUUGACGAUACGAAAGGGGAGGCGUGCGUGUACAUCACUAAAUGUGCAAGCCCCGGAGAAGAUUGUAGAAUAAACUGUUUAGGUAACCUUUCAAUAUUAUUAGAAAAUUGUGACCGACAGGCGUACUCCAUCGAUAUGUACGGAUGAAUUAUGGAAAAAAACAGAGUUGUGUUACUAAAAAAAAAAUUAUGUGUGUGCAAUACAUACACAUUCUAUCUAUGGUAUUCUUUAUGGAUUCGUAAUAACUUCAUAUCAUCAUACUGUUUCAUAAUACCUUGAACGGUUACCGAAGGAGCUUUAUAUGCAAUCUUAUUUACACUUAUAUUUUGUCUGUAUUAUAGUUAUGUAAAGUAAAUAUAUAAAUAACUGUUUUUAAAUCAUUUGUUAUAAUUGGCCGCUACAGUGUUUAACUAAGAUUUUAGAAGUGUUCACGAGCAUAGAACUUGAAAUGUAUGCCUCAAUGUAAAUUUAUAGAUAAGUAUUUCGUAAAUGAAUACUAUAAUUAUAUCUUAUUUAUUUGAUGAAUUGUUAACGUGUAUUCUAUUCCAACCACAGAAGGAGUCAAGAUAAAAAACAACUUUGACAUUGAUUUGGAGCAAUAUCAUUGGUUAAGCUCUAGUAUAAUCUAUGGUAUUAAUUAUUUGUUCGCGAAAAAUUUACAUUUUGAACGUCAGUAAAGUUGAAUGUAAUAUAAAAAUGUGGAACUAUAUAUGAAAAAGGUGUAAGUAAUUAUGUGGAAAAUGUUGAAUUAUAAAUAAUGAUAUACUAAUCAAGAUUUUUUUAGCAAACCGCAGGAUAUAUAAAUCUAAGGUUUGUUUAUAUGUACACCUUGGAUUGGAAUAGCGAGUUUAUUAAUAUCAAUGUUUCAACAUGUAAUAUUACUUUUCUCUAGUUUAAAAUUACUAUUCCUUAUUAUUUUAUAUUUUAUAAAUAUAUGCCAUCUAAAUAAGAUUAAAUUAAUAAUCAUUGUAUUUGUAACGAUGUAUAUUAUGUCUUAAAAGGAUACAAAUAUGUUUGUUUCACCCAAUUAAUGACCUCUAAAAACAUAAAUUUUCUGUUACGUGAUUACACCCCCUGUAAAAAGUCAUGAUUUAUUUGUGAAAAUUUCCAUAGACAUCUUUUUUGUUUGUUAUUCUUUAAUUUAGAUUAUGAUGCUACCUGGCAAUAAAAAAUGUAGGCACAUUAAAAAAUAAAAUUAUAAGUAACAUAUAACAACGGUACGAACAGUGUAUCUGUGGAGACACAAUAAAAACAUUUUUUUUUUUUAUAGAUUUAUGUAUUUGGUGAUUUGUGUUUGAUUUAUUUUUAGUUUUAUUUUCUCUUUGUUACGUCGACGGACGAUAAACGUUCUUUUUUAUUUAUUUUAUAAAGGUUUUUUUCAAAUACAAUUUAUAUUUAUACACAAAGGAAAUUAUUCAAUGAAAACCAAACUCAAUAUUAUUUGUCAUUUUUAUUUAACAAUUAAUAUUAAUAUUGUUAUUGUACAAAAGAGUAACCUAAUAUCUCAGAUAUACUCAUAAAUAGCUUGCAUGACAGACUUAUAACGAUUUAGUAUUAAAAUUAUUAUAUUCACACAUAAACUUCUAUCGAAUGGCACAAUUGCACAUUGUCAAACUUUAACCAAUACUUAAUCAUAGUCUGUUCACAGCCUUUCAUUCAAUUUCCACAAUAAAAUUCUAAGUGAACAAAAUAUUUAAGAUUCGAUCGUGCCCUUUCGUAACAGCUCAAUAAAUAUAGGUAAACAUUCACUCAGGUUUCUAGAAAUUUGCGCUGGGAUAUAUACCAGCAUAAUUUGACUUCGAAAUGCAAAUUAAAUUUGUACGUCGUGACUAAAAACUAGUGUAGUUAUCGAUUUUUUUUUCAUAUGGCAAAAUUUAUUUAAAAAAAUGCUCUAGCUUUAUUUUCUAUGAGUAAAUGUUUAUUGUCAGUGUCGCUAUAUUAAAAUUUAUCUUUUAUACAGUUUUUGAUUGGACAUCUAACCAUAUAAAUGUAUCAAGGCACGUUUAGUCACGAUCUUGUCAUGAAGAUUUGUGUAAUUAUCCUCCAAUCACCAACAAUACUUCUUUAAUUCGUUACUUAAUAACUACGGUUAAUCUAUUGUUCCAAUUUAACAUGACUUAUGAUCAAGAAUGGAUUUAAUAAAGUCGGUUUGGAUGAUAAUAGAUAUCACCAAUUCUUUAAAAGAAAUCGAAUCAUUUUUAGAUGAAGAAAUCAGUUGUAAGUUGUAUAUUAACUUAAUACAUAACGUAAUAACUUAUUAUAUAAUGUUCUCAUAACCAAUACAUCCAAUCAUAUCAAUAGAUUAAACUAUAUCUAAUAUUCUAUUAUUAUCACAAAGCACAGGCUGUGGAUAAAGGAAACGCCAAUAUCAAAAUUAUUUAAGUUUUGUACUUCAUUUGGCACGUCAUUUUUUUUUCCUACGUUUGGAAAUCUUCGACACGUUCUACCAAUUUUUUUUAAUACUUUUGACAAGAUAGUUUUCUUCGUUAACUUUUUUAAAGGAAGAGUUGAUCUAAUCGAUUGUACUUCCAUUGACAUUUGAAUCGAUUCAAUAUCGAUAUGAUCAAUAGCCUCUACCAUCGAUCGUUUCACGACCAAUCGUCAACCCUGUUUUUCCAAUAAUGGCAUCUGGAUCGACAUUAUAUAUAUUUUACAAUUUUACUUCACUGUUUGUUGAUUGGUUUGUUGCUGCUUCAACUUCUUGUUUUUUCGCGUCUUGGGAUGAUGAGUUCCACCACUGCUCGUCCCCAGAGGCCCAAGCAACAAACACCAAGUUUGUCACGAUAAAGACCGCAAGCGUUAUCCAAAAUACCAAUCGCCACUGAGUUAAAGUACUCUGCAAAAUUAUUCACAAUUAGUUUGAACAA